UCUUAAACAUCUGGGGAAGUAGUGAAAACAAUAAGCAGCUUGGGCAGUUGUUUUUGGUUAGAACUCCUCUGAGAAGAGACAAAUGAAGCCUGCUGCUUAAAAUUGAUUUCCUCUGGAGGUUAUUCACUAAACAGGAUGCAUCAGUUUGAGUCCUGUUCUGACACGAAAAGAAUCUUCUCUAUUCUCUGAGAUGAACUGAAUAUUUUCUCCUCAAAGCGAGUAGUUUUGACAUGAAUGAUACUGACGGGAUGAUGCGCCUACUGUUGGUGAUGUUGUCCUGUUAUGUCGCUGGCGGGACCGAUCGAGUGAGCACAACAUGCACCGAAGAGGCUUGCCUUACGUUGCAUUUGGAGGAGAGACGUUUUGAAAAUGCUUCAGAAGACUGUAUCAAUAAUGGCGGCAAUUUGGUUACUAUGAGAAAUGAAAAUGAACUUCAGAGCAUCAAAUCGGCUCUUUUAGCAGCAGAGGAAUACAAUAUCCUCAGCACUAAACUUUGGAUCGGACUUUCGUUGCAGAGAGGACACUGCACUGGUUUCUCUGAGGAGUUACGCGGCUUCAGAUGGACUACAGAGCCGGCAGAUUCCAGAUAUUCCAACUGGAAAAAGAAACCUUUUAGCACGUGCACAGAAAAAAGGUGUGUGUCGAUUUCACUGGCAGAUGAUCUCAAGUGGUCAGAUGGCUCAUGUAGAGACAGCUCGUUUUAUGUGUGUAAAUUUCUCUUCAAAGGCAUGUGCAAACCGGUAGUGCUGGAGAACCCAAGAGAUGUCAAAUACAGAGUUCCGUUCUUAUCUAAACCGCUCGAUCCAAAUGAAAGGUUAGCGAUGUUACCACACGGCACAGUGGCUGAAAUACAGUGCGGGGGGUCGGAAGAUGCAGAAUAUGUUUUAUCAGUUUGCGACAACAAAAACGGUCUUUUCGGCUGGACAAAUUUAGAGAGAUUUUGCGCACGAAAUAAAACAUGCAAAAACGGUGGCUGUGAUCACAUAUGUUUUGAGACUGCAGGAGGAGGUGUUCAAUGUGAAUGUCAUGAAGGUUAUUACCUGAUGGACGAUAAAGUGAGUUGUGCUCUCAGAAAUAACUGCGAAAAUUCACCUUGCGAAUCAAAGUGUGUACCGACUGCCGCUGGCUUUUUAUGCGCAUGCGCGGAGGGAUUUUAUUUGGCUGAAGACAGCGUCAGUUGCGUUGAUAUCGAUGAAUGUCAGCAACUCAAGCCUAUCUGCGCUGAAAACAGGUGUUACAACACGCCGGGAAGCUAUUUUUGUGAGUGUAAUCCCGGCUUCAGGUUUGUCGCUGGCAAAUGUGAAGACGUGGACGAAUGCACUGAACUUAGAUGUCAACAGGGCUGUCUCAAUUCACAGGGUUCAUUCUACUGUUACUGCCACGCAGGUUACAGUCCAGCUUUAAACGAUACCGAUAUAUGUGUAGAUAUCGAUGAAUGUAUCAGCAGACCGUGUGAAGACAUCUGCGUUAAUACCUUGGGUAGUUUUAAAUGUUCCUGUAGGGAAAACCUCAUUUUGGCUAAAAAUGGCAUCAGCUGCAUCCCGGAUCCCGCUGAGAAACCACAAAACUCUCCAUCUUCAGAUCAUGGAGAAGCGUUCAUCACUAAACUGAAUCAGUUACCGGUCACUUUUGGACCGACAACAGUCUACCCCACUCCACUUGCAAACGCAAAAACGGACUUUUGUAAACGCAAAGAAAGUUUUCUCGGAAGUCCUUGGAUUUUGCUGUGUGUCUUGGGUUCGGUUAUCCCGUUGACUCUGAUCAUUGUGGUAAUGUCAAUCUUUGUCUUCUACCGAUGGAAACGGUCAAGAAAAGCCGCUUUAAAAAAAUCCACUGCUGACAACUACUGCUGGGUUUCAUCUGGAUUGGACAAACAGCAGAAAAGAAAUGCAACAUUCAACUGAAUGAUUAAAUUAAGCCCAAAUAUGAAUGUUCAUUUUCUGUCAGCAUCCAAUUAAAAUGUUUAUUUAUCCUA